AGCUACAGGAUGGCUGGGAAAUCGCUUGCUAGGCAGCUCUAUCAUAUGUAGCAGAGCUGAAUUCUCUGAGGAGGCACAGUGAGUGUCAUGUGGAGAAAUGGAGGGUUUCUGAAUCCUGCUGUCUGGGUUGCCCCAGAGAGCAAAGAUGAAUGCUUCAGUGGAGGAAGAGGAUGGCUGCGCGCUCUGAACUGUCUGGCAUGGAUCUUUAUGAGGAUUACAAAUCGCCCUUCGAUUUCAAUGCUGGAGUGAACAGAAAUUAUCUCUACUUGUCGCCUGGCAUAAACCUUUCUCCACCUGGAUCACCUACACUGGCAAAGUCUGGGCUGCUGAGGAGUGACUCUAUACCUGAGGUUGGAGAGGAUGCUGCUGCUACAGUCAGUAUGGCAGAAACACUCUCAGAAGAAGAACGGGAUGAGCUAAGAAAAGAGCUUGCCAAGGUGGAAGAGGAAAUCCAGACGCUGUCACAAGUGCUAGCUGCCAAAGAGAAGCAUCUAGCGGAAAUCAAGAGAAAGCUGGGAAUUAACUCACUACAGGAACUAAAGCAGAACAUUACCAAAAGCUGGCAAGAUGUUACAUCAACUACAGCAUACAAGAGAACAUCAGAAACCCUGUCUCAGGCGGGUCAGAAGGCUUCUGCUGCUUUUUCUUCUGUUGGUUCAGUCAUAACCAAGAAAUUUGAAGAUGUCAGACUACAGGCAUUUUCACAUUCCUUUAGUAUACGCUCCAUACAACAUUCAAUUAGUAUGCCUAUUAUGAGAAAUUCUCCUACUUUCAAAUCCUUUGAGGAAAAAGUUGAAAACUUCAAGUCUAAAGUUGGAGGAAGCAAACCUGCUGGGGGAGACUUUGGAGAAGUUCUCAACUCUGCUGCCAAUGCCAGUGCCACAGAAACUAUUGCAGAACAGACAGAGGAAGAGACCCACUGAGAUUUCUGCCUCUGUCCUACUAUCCACUGCCAGAUGCUGCAAGGAGAAACCAAGCACACUUGUAACAUUCUCUGCGCUCUUUCCACCAGAUGUGCUUUUAUUUAGCACGUAGUUAUUUUACCUGAUUAACUGAUACCAAGCUUGUUUGUGGGUUCAAAAUAUUUUUGAAACUAAAAUACAUUGUUUUGGGUUUUGUGUGGGAAGGGGAAUUUCUAUGCCUUUCAAGCAUUUAAAGGACUUACCUGUAAUUUGAAGACAACCUUUAAAAUAUAGCAAUGAAAAAAACUCUUUUGAGAAGGUAAUUAUAUUGUACAGAUACUGUGGAUACAUAAUUUCUUUUCAAUCUGUAACUACUGCUCAACUUAAUCCUUAUGAAUCUACUGCUGCUGCCAGACUGAAGCUUGUUACUUUGCUCCCUUGUGAUUGUUUCAGUUGAGUGUUGCCUGCAAGGGACACCCGACUGGGAGACUGGACAAGGAUCACUCCCAGCUAAAGAAAGGACUUCAAUUUCAGCAGGCUUUACACAAGUUAUGGCAGGAUCACACAUGAGUAGGAAUGUACUGUCUUAUGAAUGUGUUCCUCAUGCAGCAGGUGUGGAUAGGUAA